UGCUUGAAUUUCUAGUCAAAUAAAUACGAAGUGCAUUAAUAAUGAAGUUAUUCUUGGUUCUCUGCUUGUGCGCCGCCUCCACGCUCGGCGCGAAAGAGGAAGUGAAAUUGAUCUCAAAUGAAGCGAUGGUGGAAUAUGAUGGCAAAUUUCACUACCACUACGAACUUGGCGAUGGCUCGAAAGCUUCACAAGACGGCGUCCUAAAACAAAUCAGUCCACAACAUGAUGGCGAAGCGAUUGAGGGUAAAUUUGCAUUCGUCGCUGAUGAUGGCAAAGAAUAUGUGGUGGCGUAUGUGGCCGAUGAGAAUGGCUAUCAGCCAGUGGGCGAUCAUUUGCCAACACCGCCACCCGUACCCGAAUCGGUAUUGAAGACAUUAAAGUAUUUGGAAGAGCAUCCCUACCAUCCAGAGGCGGACAAGAAAAAGCGCAACUAAUUUGCAUGUGAAUUAGAAUUUUUUUUCCUGGAAGAGAACUGUGAUCUAUGCAAUGUAAUGCGUUAAUAAUGUAGAA